AUGGCGGCUCGUAACCGUCCUCGAGGUGGGCUGACGAAGGAGGAUGCCACGGACGCACACGAAGAGCGGAACAUGUGGAGUCAAAUUGUUACAGACAUCAAAAGGCUCAGGACGACCCAUGCCAAGGCCGCUGAAAUCGCGAAAGCCCAAGUUGACAUGGAAGCGAAGAUUGGGAAGACACCUACGGUCAAGGAAAUUGACGAGCUUCUCGCCUUAUACCGUGAAGGGGUCAGGCUGGCGGAGGAAGAGGAGAAGAUCCUCAAAGAAGAGCCUAACGAUGUGAUCAAAAACAUCGAAAUCCUCGCCGCUCUCCGCUCAGCCAGUGAAACCGAGCCCGUCCGGCCACCUCAGGCAGUGGCAAAAUCACGUCAAGUAAAGCGACAGAAAAUCGAAACAGAUGGUGCAGCAGACUCUCCGGCUCCACCAAUUCCAUCCCCGAGUGUGGUUUUGCCUGCCGCAAGGGUCAAGGAGAUCAAGAACGUACGCACCGGGUCCGUGCCGAGAGAGGUGAAGCAGGAGCCAAUUGUCAAGGUGGAAGAGGGUUCGGAGGGAAGUAAAGGGCCAGCUGGGGAGAGGGCUGGGAAAUUCUUUGUCGGGGCUGAGGUUGCGUAUAAGCAAGCGAAGCAGAAGGAGGAUGGAAGUCAGUGGAUACAGUGCAACAUCACUUCUAUUUCUGAGAUCGCGAACAAGAAACGAUACGAGGUGCAGGACCCUGAACCAGACGAAAACGGUGCUCCAGGUCAAGUCUACAAGACAACAGCCGCAGCAUUGAUAGCAAUCCCUGGGCCCGAUGCCCCACUCCCAGAUUUUCCCAUUGGAAAGCAGGUGCUUGCUCGGUAUCCAGAAACGACUACCUUCUACAGAGCGGAGGUGAAAGGAGCAAAGAAAGAUGUGUAUAGAUUGAAAUUUGAGGAUGACCAAGACCAGGAAAUGGAGGUUGGACGGAGAUUCGUCUUAGAUGUCAGCAGCAAGUGA